CACUUGAGCGGAAGUGCGUCAGUGGUCCGUGUGACCAGAGGACUCCAGAACUCAUGAUGGCUUCCAGGAUUCUAAUGCAGAGAGUUUGUUGUGUGUUAGUGCGAGAUCUUCGAGGUUCUUCAUCAUACUCCUCCUCUCUAACCGCCUCUGCUACUGUACAGCCGUUUCUCUCUCGCACUGUCCUGCGCAGCUCUUGCAGGAGUGUCUCGUUUAACGUUCAGGACCACGACGACUUCACCGAGAGAGUCAUCAACAGCCAGCUGCCCGUUCUUAUAGACUUCCACGCACAGUGGUGUGGUCCCUGUAAAAUUCUCGGUCCACGGCUGGAAAAAGCCAUAGCCAAACAGAAAGGUCGGAUCGCCAUGGCCAAAGUUGAUAUCGAUGAGCACACAGAUCUCGCCAUUGAGUACGGGGUGUCUGCUGUUCCCACGGUGAUAGCGAUGCGGGGCGGUGAUGUCAUCGACCAGUUUGUGGGCAUCAAAGAUGAAGACCAGCUAGAUUCUUUUGUGGAGCAGCUGAUUGGACAGUAAAACUGUCAGUCACUGCUCCACCUUAUGUUAAAGCCCGCCUCUAAUUGGACACAUUAAAUACACACACACACACCUGCAUUCUGGAAUUUGUUUGCUUCUGCGGCGCUUUCAUUGUUUCCACAAACUGUGUGUGUGUGUGUGUGUGUGGUCAUUCACUCUUGUUGUUUAUUGGACUAUCCGUUAGAGUGUUUGGUGCACAGAGUUUACCAUGCUAUAAAUGUAGUAAAGUUUACUUGGAUAUCCAGUAUCUGCUGUACUUUUGCUUUGUGCAGAACUGAAGUAUGUGACACCUCUAAUGCAGUUCCUCAUCUGACCACAAGAGGGCGACAUCGAGGCCACAGUUAUUAUUACAGGUCCAGGUCACAUUUAAUCUCAAAAUCAAAAGAAAUUAUAUUGUGCAUAAAGAAAAUUAUCCCUAUUUUUUAAGAUAUUUUUGCAUUGUGACAUUAUUUUCAUUACAAUUAAGCAUAUUUAACCCCAAAUUCUCAUUACUGUAAUGCAAACAACAACUGUGAUAUUAUUUAAAUUGUAAAGUAUUUAUACAUUGUGGUAGUACUUAAUGUGUGCUGAUUUAAAAAAAAUGAGAAUAAUGUGAAUUAAAAAAAAACGAAUAAGUUAAACAUCUGGAUGCAUUAUAAUAAUUAGACUUAGGGGUUUAAAUGUGCUUAAUUGUCAUGAAAAUAAUGUUAAAAAACACUUGAAUUGGCUUCAUUUUCUUAAAGCAAUAUAUAUAUAUAUAUUCUUUUGAUUUCUGGACAUGAGAUUCACUUAGUAAUUUUACACCUGAAUGCCUAUUAAUGUGAACGUGUGUGAAUUAGAGGUCGACCGAUAGUGGAUUUUUGUCGAUACCGAUAACUAAGGUGGUGGGAAAUGCCAAUAACGAUUAAUUGGCCGAUAGUUUUUAAAAUCGAUUUAUUGACGUCAAAAAAAAAAGUCUUAUUAUUUUCUUACUAUGGCGGGCACUCUUAUUCGAGUCCAAAAUGAAUAAAAUCCCAUAUGUCGUUUAUUGUUCAACAAAAAUCCCAAUAAUAACCAGAAAAAAUUUAGAUUUGGUACACAACGCUGGACUUUAAAGUAUAAUUAAGUAUAUUGAAAAUACGAAAUGAUGCAAAAACUAUCAGCAAUUAUCGGCACAGAUUUUUGCCAAUAACUGAUAGUUCCAAAAGGCACCAAUUAAUCAGUAAAACCGAUAUAUCGGUCUACCUCUAGUGUGAAUUACAUGUAUGUUUGUUUAAUCUAUUUUUCUUUCUGUUUGGAUAUGACUAUGAAUUUGAAGCAGAACGUAUGAACACGGUGAUGUUUGUUUAGAUUUUAACUCAUAUAAACUGUAAUAUGACCAACUCAUUUUAUGAAUUUAUGAAUAAAAAGGUAUUCUGUAUUUACGAAUAGGCAGUUAGCUGGUGUUUAGUGCUCUGGGGUUAUAAACAUUAUAUAGGAAUUGCUUGUCUGACAUUAAUAUAUUCCGGAAUCAAACAGCAGACGUUUAUCCAUUAGUUCUGAUACUUUAAUCUGAUUGGACAAGCAGCAUUCCAAGAGUGCUGAUCCACAUGAAUACAUUUUUGUUUGAAAACGCAUUAAUUACGCCUCUCAUCUACACUAGAACAGCGCUUUCCUCCAUUAAUGCAUACUUUGGAAAACGAUUAUGUUUGGAAACUAAAAGCGGAGUUUUCAAACAAAAACGUCUCUGGGACGCUUCACUAUUUGUAUCACUCCGCUUGUGUUUGUGACGCUCCAAACUAGAGAGCAGUGCAUUACAACCUUACGCCAGCAGGUGGCGACAAACACACGUCUCGUAUAUUAUGAGUGAGUUGUUAGUUAGUAGGGAGCAGUGCAUUACUCCCUUACGCCAACAGGUGGCGACAAACACAUCUCAUAUAUAUAUAUUAUGAGUGAGUUGUUAAUUAGUAGAGAGCAGUGCAUUACACCCUUACGCCAACAGGUGGCGACAAACGUCUCAUAUAUAUAUAUAUAUUAUGAGCGAGUUGUUAGUUAGUCGAGAGCAGUGCAUUACACCCUUAAGCCAGCAGGUGGCGACAAACACGUCUCAUAGUUAUUAUGAGCGAGUUGUUAGUUAGUAGAGAGCAGUGCAUUACACCCUUAUGCCAGUGGGUGGCGACAAACAUGUCUCAUAGUUAUUAUGAGCAAGUUGUUAGUUAGUAGAGAGCAGUGCAUUACACCCUUACGCCAACAGGUGGCGACAAACGUCUCAUAUAUAUAUUAUGAGCGAGUUGUUAGUUAGUCGAGAGCAGUGCAUUACACCCUUAAGCCAGCAGGUGGCAACAAACACGUCUCAUAUAUGAGCGAGUUGUUAGUUAGUAGAGAGCAGUGCAUUACACCCUUAAGCCAGCAGGUGGCGACAAACACGUCUCAUAGUUAUUAUGAGCGAGUUGUUAGUUAGUAGAGAGCAGUGCAUUACACCCUUACGCCAGCAGGUGGCGACAAACACGCGUCUCUUAUAUAUUAUGAGCGGGUUUCAUGUUUAUUGACCUGUUUCAUGUGACGUCACUGUAUGAAUGCAUCGCCAUGUUUGUUACCAAAAUUCCAUAUACUUUCAAUGUGCUGUGCUGUGGGAUGUGGCAAAAGUCUGCAAAUUUUUUUAGUUUCUAUUAAUAAAUAUAAAAAAUGUGACACUGCUUUUUAAUUGCCAGAGCCUAAAUGUAAUUUUUCUUUCAGUAAAGUUUUAUCUUUUAA